AUGAUUCGAGAGUAUCCUGGCCGGCUCACGGGGUCGAAUGGCGGCACAUCAAAGGUCAUUGAGAGCCUUCACAUGCAGAUCGACGGUCUGAAGGACAAGUUGGAGGAUACGCAGGCGGAGCUGGACGAGUUCAAGCGGAAGCUGUCUGCAGUUGUGAAACACAACGAGACGCUUACUGAGAAACUGUCGAACGCGAGACACCAGAACGAGGUGUCUGAGAGUCUGCUCAAUCGUAAAGAGCGCAAGGUGCUCGAUCUGGAGGCACAGCUCACGGAGGCCUGUUCUGCUACCGAUCGGUGGAAGUUUGAGGAGGAAUCUUUGCGAAGGAAGCUGGCCGCCAUGCAGGAGCAGGAGAGCAUGAGCACUGUGGAGGCAGACCGGCUGCGGGCGUCCUACGACGUGAUUGUAGAGUCUCAGAAGGAGUACAAGCUGCGCACGCAGAUGGAAGUUGGGGAUCUGAGGCGGCAGUUGAAGCUAUUUAUUCAGGAGAGUAGCACACGCUUGGAAAAAAAUAACGAGAGCAUUGGAGAGGUCAAUGUGGCCCUGGAGGAGAGUUAUAGAGUUGCCAGGACGCGCAGCGAGCACCUCGCCGCUGCGUACGGAAAAAAAGAGGCCCGUAUUCAGGAGACGCUGAACAUACUGGAGGCCAGCGUAAAGAUACAGGAACAGAACACAAAGGCCACUCUUGCUGAGUGCCAGAACGCGCUGCAGCAGCUGAAGCGGACACGGUCCAGAUACGCCGUUCUUACAGAGUCCGAAAAGGAGAAUUGGGGCCCGCCAACAUAG